AUGGCCGAGGUGCUCGGGAUCGUGGCGGGCGCUGCCCAGCUGGUCGACCUCAGCACUCGAGUCUUGGUCGCAUCAUCCAGCCUAUAUGGCAAACUCAAGAACAUCCCCGACGAGAUCGAAACCCUCAAGAAGAACACAGAACUUUUCAUCGAUCUACUCUGGAUGAUCAGCAGCGACUUUGACGGCCCUAUUACCUCUCAAGUCCACACCCUCCAUGUCACACAUCGAAUUACAUCGAUCCUUCACGACGCGAGAAAGGAGUCCGAGGAGCUCGCGCUACUCCUCGAGGGCCUUUCCUCCAACAACUCUAGCUCAAUGAGGCGCAAGUGGUCCGCUGUUUCAUCUUCCGUGAUAGAUUCCAACAGAGCUAUUUUGAAGCGGCUCAACUCUCACGAGGACCCUGUUCCUUUCCUCGACGGGCACCGUCGACGCCGAUCCAGACGCAACAGCGCCUUUUGCACUUGUCGUCCUUCCGGCUCCAGUACUUACUUAUCCAUCUAUGGACUCCAACUCUUCUGCUCCCAGGAGACCACCCACUCGCCGAAUUGUCGUCACCGAGAUGGCUCGACUUCGUGGUCAUGCGGCGUGCGUGCCCUCAGCCCAAAAAUCCAGAUGAUGGUUGGAAUCCAGCUUGGCGGAUGGACCUUAUCCAUGGUUGGAAGGCUAUCCCCUCACAACGUGGUCGACCCCGGAAAGUCGCCUGCCUUUAUGGCUCUCGGUAAAGCUUGGGGGGCCCUGGGAGCAGUCCGGUCACGAGGCGAUUCCUGGGACCAACCUGGGCGCCGAAGUCAGGAAUACACAGUAGAUAGUUGGAGGCGAUCGCACAUUGAGCCCCUAACCGUGCAGGAAGAAGUCAAGUCACUCUUCCACAAUCUCUUGCAGGAGCUUCGUGAAGCAUUUGAAUCUGGCACGGCUUCUCCAAGCGAUCACACGCCUAAUAACACCACUCUUCUUCACUUUUUUGUUACAGUGGCGAUGAAAUUUGUGGGUUUGCAUGAGCUCCUCUUCCAUGUGUUAGAUGAUAUUGUGAAGCUCCUUGUGGCUGGUAAUGUUGAUCCGAAUGCAUCCACAUCAGGCAUUCGGCCUUUUGAAACUCCGAUCUUCUAUAUGUUGAUUAACAUGAAGACUACUCUCUGUCUUCAGCAAAAUAACCUGGAUAGGAUUCUCAUCAAUCACGGAUGCAACGCAUUCGAGAUCUUGCCAAGUGAUGAGUGGGGAGGAGCAAAACUCACGACACUGUUGAAGAAGAACCCCAGCCUGCUAGAAGAUCACGGCCAAUAUCCCGCAUAUGUCGCCACGAUACAAAGAUCUGAGGCAAGACUUAGUCUCCUUUUGAUGCAGAACAAGAUCGACUUGAAGACAAAAACGCCGUCUAUUUUGAGCCUUGCUGUUGGUUGGACUGCCGGCCUGCAAAUUCUACUGGAUGCAGGGGCAAAUCCAGACGACGCCAUUUUAACAGCCAUCUGGGAGCAUCACCUUCCAAGCAUCGAGUUGCUGAUUGAUAACGGCUGCUCCUUGUUUGACAUUGAUCAAUACCCUUUUGGAACCGAUGUAUUCUCUUGCGUUUACUCAGUCUCAGCCUCUUCGGAUGUGAUGUGCCUGUUGGCUCAAAAGAUUGCUGCCAGAAGACUGGAACUGCUGCAGCUAGCAUCGAAGGAGCUGCCCGAGACGUGUUUGAAGAGGCUUGGACUUCGCAAACACCCACAUCUUCUACCAUCGCCUGACUACAACGCCCCCGAAGUAUUCAGGCAACUCGAGGCUCAUAAGGUGCAAGUGCCCAAGUCCCUAUGGUCCGGGUCUUUGACCACUCUCUACCACCACCGUCAUAUGACAGACACUUUGGCCGAGGCGCUAUACGAUGUCGGAUUUUGCAGCAUCGAUGAACUAGAUGCGAAGGGCCAUUCACCUCUCAUCGAAGCAAUAUUGGGUUUUAAUUCUCAGAAAUCCAUCUUGCUAGCUCAAUGGUAUCUGAGAAAAGGGUGCCAGCUACCUCGAUCAUCAGCAUAUGUCAACCUCCUUGACCGAGCCACAGGAUUCACAAGCUCGGUUUCGAGUCAUGACUGGAUUACGAAAGACUCGAGGCUUUUCGGGCCCUUGAGGAUGUUCCAGGAACUUCACCCAGAAGGAGUUGGGCAAUGCGAUAGCUGCAGCUGUUGGUGCAGUACCGCGGGCUGCACUCCAGUUGGAAUAAUUCUCAGACAAAGUCUUGGGCCCUGGGUCACUUUCGCCCGUCGCCAGCGCUGGCUUUUCAACCUGCCUCGGUACUCCUCCCUAGGGCUGUCCCUUGGCAAAGACACCUUUGAAGAUAUAUGCAGGUUGGAGAUUUUCGAUCGCCUGGGCAUGGCCCAUACUUGCUCUCACCAUCAGUAUAAUAGCUACGGCAGUGAUGACGACAGCAGCGAACGGGAUGAAGUCCAAGAGGAAGACUACCACCUGAAACAAGUCUUGGAUUCUUACCUCGAGUUAUACCUCUGCCUCCUUCACACCCAUGCAGACCGUUUUGAAGCUUUCUGGAUCGCGUGGUGGAUUGCACUCGAGUACUUCUUACCUUUCGAGACGAACAACAUAUGCCACUGCCGUCGCCCUCUCGAAUUGGAUAAUGUCUGCGACCCUCAAAGUUAUGACGAGGCUCAAAGCCAUGACAGCUAUGAACCAAACGUCGAGGCCAUCACGGCCUUCCUCGCUGACUGUGUCCCGCAACUCAGUUCUGAAACAAGAGCAAGAUUUUUGGAUCAAUUAAAGCCAACUGAGUAUGAGCUCUGGUACCUUGGCCUACUGAUUGACUACGAUAUCUCGAUCUACGAUAUUGAUGGGGAUUGGGAUGAUAGUGAUUGA